GAGGGAGGCGGCGGCCAUCUUGGCGCGGCGGGGCGAUGAGCGGCUCGAAGGCGAGGGCGGCGGGGCCGGAGAAGAAGCCGCCGCCGGGGACCGGGGGGGCCCUGAGUCGCUUGCGGGGGCGGCGCGGUUCGGCCGACGCGGCGCCGUUGCCACCGUGGACUGAGUCCGAGCUGCUGGCGCUGGAGACGGUCCGGCCCGAGCACGUCCUGGGGCUGUGCCGGGUGACGGAGAAUUAUUUAUGCAAACCUGAAGACAACGUUUACAACAUCGACUUCACAAGGUUUAAGAUCCGGGACCUUGAAACUGGAACAGUGCUGUUUGAAAUUGCAAAGCCAUCUGCUUCAGAGCACAACGAGGAGGAUGAAGAUGACAGCAGUGAGCUGGACACGAGUGCAGGCCGCUUUGUUCGCUACCAGUUCACCCCAGCGUUUCUCCGACUUCGGACUGUGGGUGCAACAGUGGAAUUCACAGUGGGAGAAAAGCCAGUAUCAAACUUCCGGAUGAUCGAGAGGCAUUACUUCAGAGAUCGCUUGCUGAAGAACUUCGACUUUGAUUUUGGCUUUUGCAUCCCCAGUAGCAGGAACACGUGUGAACACAUCUAUGAAUUCCCUCAGCUCUCAGAAGACCUUAUCCGUCUGAUGGUUGAAAAUCCAUACGAGACCCGCUCAGACAGCUUUUACUUUGUGGACAACAAGUUGAUUAUGCACAACAAGGCCGACUAUGCCUACAAUGGAGGACAGUAACCAUUCUGUGUCUGUUGGAUGCUGUGAUGCUGUUACCCAUUCCAGGGGAGGACUGGAGUUGCUGUCUCGUGCAACAAGGCUUCUUGCCAAACCUUUUCUCCUUGCAUGAAGCUGAAAACGAAGCAAAGACGACAGCUCAUGGCAGCAAAGGAAAUCUCCCUGCAACGCUUUUCUGACACUCAACAUAUACUGCCUCUCAUUCUCUGUUUCUGAUCACCUUCUGGUACCUUGGUUAGGUCAUGGAUCAGAGGCACUGCUAGUAAAUUCUUGCUGUUACAGUCUUUAUAGUUAGGUUGCACUUUUAGUGCCUCUGAUGUUUCACCUGUUGGGUGACUACCCUCUUUCAAGAGGUCAGAUUGUUUGGGUAGGCUAUAUCUUAGCAGGAAAUUUUCCCCCUUCAGGUAGCCAGUGAAGCCCAAAGAGCAGAUCUCUUCUUCAGUUGGAUAGAUCAUCUUUUUAGUGCACAGUGAUUUAGUUUGUAGUAUGGCUGACCUUGCUUUUUAGGGUGCAUCUCAAUAUUCUCCAGGGGGAAAGAUAAGAUAAAAUAAGGGACUAAUUCAACUUCUAAGCAAUGCAGGAACCUUCCUUCUGCGUCCAGGGGCCUGAGCUGCCCCCGAGAACGGCUUGAUGUGUGUCUAGCCAGAGAUUUCACUGGAGAUACAAGACGGGGAAAAAAGUGGCUUUAUCCAGGUUGGUCAUUGAGUCAGUCUGAUAGUAUUUCUGAGCUUAUGAGAGCAAAAUGUCAAAUUUUGGAGCUGAGUGGUCAACCUUAGAGCUGAAGUUAAUCUUGCUAUAUUUCCCAUUUCUCCUCCUUCCUUUUAUAUAGGAAUUUUGGCUCUUGCUGGAGAAUGUAUUGCUUUUUAGGUUGACUGUAUUGUCAGUCUGGCUGGGGUGGAGCAGAGGCAUCGGUCUAGUGGGGCUUAGACUAAAAAGGCAGAAUGUGGAAAAUCACUUUAAAAAAUGUGUAGGAAGCAGAGCUUCCUAGGCUUCAAUCUCUUUAUACUUUUACACCUGAAUGAUCUGUCAGAGGUGCUGGAAGAAGAGACAGUGGCAUUAUCAGCUCAUUUGCUUUUUUUCUGUUGAGGUAUUAGUAGCUAAAAGUUUCCCAGGUCAAAUCACUCAUUGUUACAGAGUGAGACUCUCACAGCAUGAGAAUUGACAGAGUUUUUUAGUUGAGCUCCCUUCACUGCUUUGCCUACUUAGCUGCUUGUUUAUGGUUUAGGAAGUUCUGCUGAGUUAGUCACUGCCAGACCAGAGGGUGUAUUUCAGAGCUGGGUUUGGGAUCUGGCGAUAGGAAAUAGCGUCAUGCAGAGGGAAGGGGAGACCCAUGUCUUUCCAGCUCCUGACCAUGCAAAAUCUCAGCUAAAAAAACCUUUUUCUGUCUUAUUUCACUGGCUCCCAAGACUGGCAUAUUUCCUGCCCCCUCACUGACCAGUAGUGUCUAGACUAGAGAUGUGCUAGUAUUGGUUCCACUUGUUCCUUGCAACAGUUGCAGUCCAGCUCCUUGGUGGAUACAGCUGGUUACCUGCUGCAUUAAGUAAGAUUUGGUGUAGUUUAUGUUUUAGCAAGAUAAAGUGCAGUGGGGAUCACAGCCUGGAGGCAGUUCAUGCACAGACAGCAAUAGAAACCACUGCCCUUACCUCACAGAUUAAUGAUGUUAACUUUGGCAUAGAAGAUCAGCUGGCAUCAGGGCAAGCAGUGAGAGUAUGUGGGGUGGCAGCCCUGAAAGAAUUUCCAGCUCUUGGGAAGAUAUUUAAUUAUGAUUAACCACAACAAAUGACCUGUUCUGGGUGGAGCAUUAAUCUUGAGCCAACCACAACAAAUGUCUUGGGAAUGUGGAGGGGCAAGGUCUGCCUGGUUGAAAAAUGAAGGACAAUUCUGCCACCAUCAGUCCCCUCCAGCAUCUCCAAAGGCAAAUUUGUUUAUAUCUCAAAAUUAGUUAAAGCUGCUAAGGUGGAGCUUGAGAUGUCUCAUGCAUUGAUUGUCAGAAGGCCUUGUGCCAUGAUGGUGAGGUGGGAAGCAUUUAUUUUGAUGGAAUAACACAUAGUUGUUUGGGCCAAGGCAGAACUUCCUGGAAGUUUGUUUUUAAUCCUAAAGUGUUCCGAGAUGCUCAGCAUAGUGUCUGAAGAGCCUGCUAGUGAUUCCCUGGGAAAUUUUAGCAUAUUGAGCUGAAUUUACGUAGUAUAAAUCCAGGUGCCUUUUAAAUAUUCCUGUUCUCACAUUUUCUGUAUGAAGCAAGCUCUUGCUUGUCUUAAGAGCAUAGUGAUUCCCAUCUGUUUUCCAUGUCACUGCAUAGAUUCUUAAAAGGAAGAUACUGUUGCCAGAAUGAGCAACAGAAAUUACUGUAUGGGCAAAUAACAGCUUGUGUGAGCCUUUGGCAGCAGCCGGCGAGCAGCUCUGCUUGGCUGGGGUGUGUUUAGGGCUGCGGGUGCCAUCUAGCAGCUGCUUGGCAGAACGCAGCCCAGUGUCAGGCAUCUGGUGCUUACGGGAAGGUGGAUUCCAGCCUUACCUCUGCCAGGAGUCAUGAGGAGAAAGCCUUGAAGCAAUUGCUUUCCCAUCGGUGAAUGUAUCAGCUCUUCAGCAACAAGAAAAACUGGAGGCAGAUUUGAAAGGCUUGCAGGCAGCACCCCUCAGUUUCUAGCUGAGUUUGUUUGCUAGAUUAGAAGGUCUUUGCCCAAAAAGCAUGCUGCAGGGGGAAAAAAAAAACAAGCCUUACAAGAGGGCAAUGCAGCACUGAAAAAGUUGAUUGUAAUCCAAAAAGUCAGGGAUUUCCAAACUCCUGUCCCCACUUUGGCCGCUUCCCUAAGAUUCCUUUUCUCUUAGAUGCUUUUUAUAAAGUGUUGUCUCUAUGUGGCAGGGAUGAUGUCAUUGGUAAAUGUGGAUUGUGUGCUCUGCUGCUUUAAUCAUGGGUCAAAUCUACCCGUAUCAGUGAGUUAGGAAGAAAUUCCAAUGGGAUCUCAUCCUCGUGGCGUGGAUGCUCCAUCCUUGCUUGGUGCUGAACACAACGGAGAUGCUUUCAGUGUUGUUGAAAGUGUGGGCAAGGGAAGAGGGAUCUGCACAGACAGCUUCUCUCAGGUCAUGUGCUGAGUUGGAAAGAGAGCUGGGAUGGAUCCUACUGUGUUCUGUUAUAACAAAAAAGGGACCAAGCCCACAAACUCCUGUUAAAUCUUUCCAGUAUUUGUCCUUUUAGGACCAGGACCUCUUUUUCACAUUUUUGAGGCAAGUGCUUUGAAUCCAUGCAAGCAAGCUUCCCAGACAGCUAUUUCCAUGAUUGACUGAGGGAUACAUAUUGCACCUUGUGAAGGAAGGUCAUCUCUUGUUGCAUGGACUGGGUACCUCUUUCCCUGUCCUGUUUUUGUUAGCAAGUGUCUUCCUUUGUGUAUUUUCCUUAGGAUUUUCAGUGUCUCUUGCUGCAGAGAAGCAGCAGCAGCCUCCAUUCUGGUGCUUGAGGAUGUUUAUUCUGCUUUUCUGAGUGUUCAGGAAGAAUAAAACAAGUGUUAAGGAGGCAGAAGUGAAUGAGGGAGGUGGUGAUGAUGAAGCAGAAGGGUCCAAACAUGGUAGCUCUACUUCUCAUCUCUGUGCUUCAUGAUGUCCUCUUCAGCUGCUUCCCAGAGUUUGCCUUCUGCCCGGCUGCCCUGUCCCAUCCAGCCACCGUGCCCUACCCUCUCCCAGAGUGUCCUGGUGUGGGGUGCAGCCCUCGGACUCCAACACUGCCCUCUCCCCGGAGCUGGACCCUGAGGACACGGCUGAGGGACGGCUGCCUGGCCGAGUCACCGCCUUUCUCCCCGCAGCACAGGCACUACAAGCACCAGCAGACGCCAGCUCCGCCUGCCUGGCUCUCCGCGCUGACACAGGACAGUUUCUCUCCCUCACCGUGUGGCCUUUGGGCUCCCUGCUGCCCCGCCGGGCGCUCCUCAUGUCACGGGCUCGGGGCCGUGGCCGCCGGGCUGGCGCUGCCCUUCAGCCCCGGGCUGGCCAGCUCCCUCUCUGGCUGCCGGGUGCCGCUGUAUUUGUACCCAGGUUAUUUUGUCACCAGCAAUAAAUAAAGGAACCCCCUUUUCGCA